CGUCUCUAUGCCUCUCUGUUCCCGCUGCCUGUGAUGUGCUGACCAUCUCCCUGGUUGCAGAUGUCCUGUGAGAAAGUCACCUCUGUGCUGCGGCUGCUGGGAACCAGCCUGUUCGCUCUGGCGGUAUUGGGAGCCAUCACCCUCGCCUAUGUGAAAGGAUAUCAAUUUGGCUCCACGGAGAAUUAUCACCUGUCUUUCGGGGUUUAUGGGGCGAUUCUCGCUCUGCACCUCUGUAUCCAGAGCCUCUUCGCCUAUCUGGAGCAACGCAGGAUGAGGGCUCGGGGGCGGCUCAGCAAGUGCAGCAGGUCCACAGCCCUGUGUAUCGCGGCGUUUCAGGAGGAUCCCGAGUAUCUGAGCAAGUGUCUGAUGUCGGUCAAGAGGCUGUCCUACCCCAACCUGAAGGUGGUAAUGGUGAUAGAUGGCAACAGCGAGGAGGACAUGUACAUGAUGGAGAUCUUUAACCAGGUGCUGGGCCAGGACAACACUGGCUCCUAUGUCUGGAGCAGUAAUUAUCACGACAGAGACCCCGGGGACACAGACUUUACCCUGACUGAGAACAAGAAGCGGGUGGAGCAGAUCGUGACCCAGAACAAGUUCUCCUGCAUCAUGCAGAAGUGGGGAGGCAAGAGAGAGGUCAUGUUCACAGCCUUCAGCGCUCUGGGAGACAGCGUGGACUAUAUACAGGUAUGUGAUUCGGACACUGUGCUGGAUCCUGCCUGCACCAUAGAAAUGGUGAGAAUCCUGGAGGAAGAUCCCAAGGUGGGAGCAGUGGGUGGAGAUGUACAGAUACUGAAUAAAUAUGAUUCGUGGAUCUCCUUCCUGAGUAGUGUACGCUACUGGAUGGCGUUUAAUGUGGAGCGGGCGUGUCAGUCCUACUUUGGCUGUGUUCAAUGCAUCAGCGGCCCAUUAGGCAUGUACCGCAAUUCACUGCUUCGCCUCUUCCUCGAGGACUGGUAUAACCAGCAGUUCCUGGGAUCCAAGUGUAGCUUUGGGGAUGAUAGGCACCUGACUAACCGAGUGCUGAGUCUAGGCUAUAAAACCAAGUACACUGCCCGCUCCAAAUGCCUGACAGAGACCCCCAGCACAUACCUGCGGUGGCUAAACCAGCAGACACGCUGGAGUAAGUCCUACUUUCGCGAGUGGCUGUACAAUGCUCUCUGGCUCCACAAGCAUCAUCUGUGGAUGACCUAUGAAUCUAUUGUGACUGGCUUCUUCCCCUUUUUCCUUAUCACGACAGUAAUUCAGCUGUUCUACAGUGGGCGCCUCUGGAACAUCCUGCUUUUCCUGCUCACAGUUCAGACAGUGGGGAUGAUCAAGGCCACAUACGCCUGCUUAUUGCGUGGCAGCAUUGUUAUGGUCUUCAUGUCACUCUACUCUGUCCUGUAUAUGUCCAGCCUCCUCCCUGCCAAAAUCUUCGCCCUUUUUACUAUCAACCAGGCCGGGUGGGGCACCUCAGGGCGCCGGCGGAUUGUGGUCAAUCUCAUUGGGCUGGUGCCAGUGUCUGUCUGGUUCUCGGUCCUAGCAGGAGGACUCAGCUACACCAUUUACUGUGAGGCACAGGUGCCCUUCAAGGAGACUGAGCGGACCUUCCUCAUUAUCGGGGCCAUAAUCUAUGCUUGUUACUGGCUCCUCCUUCUCUCUCUCUACCUCGCCAUCAUGGCUCGGCGCCGCAAUGAAAAACCGGAGCAUGAGGACCUGGUUUUGAUGGAGGCCUGAGUCCCUGCUCCAGAAUAAGGUCAUCAUGGGAGCAGUGCUACAGGGUUCAGUUGUUCCUGAAGCUCAAGGUAAUAACUGAAAGACAAGCACUUUCCACCGUGUCACAGGACUUCUGGCACAGGGACUUUCACAUUUGGAGGAUAAUGGGGAUUUUUGAGCUCACAAUCUUGGGAUAUAGCAGUGGAGAGCAUUCAUCGAUGAGGCAACAAAUUAACACCAUUGAUUAAUGUGUUUAGCAACCAUGAAAGUCUGGAGGCACGGGAUAUAUUUCCAAAGAUGAUGUUGAGGAUAAUGUGAAUGAAAUGUUUAAAAUAAUAAAGGGAACUGGCAAGAUAGAUAGGAAACAAUUCUUCCUGCUGUUGGAGGGGACAUAGUGGUUAGAAGCAAGAAACAAUUUCUUCACAUAGAGAGAUGUGGAAUACACUAACUCAGAAGGAUGUUGAGGCAGGUUUAAUUGGGAUAAUAAUAAUAUAAUCCUUGCAUUUAAUAUAGCGCUUUC